AUUCCGGAGCAGUUCGCCCUCUCCACUCCCACUCGCGACAGAGGCACAGGCCACGGACGCAGGACACCUUUCCCCCGAUGCUCGCCGGCGGCGAGGACGGCAACGGCCAUCUGCCGCGGCCGCGCAGGCCGCGGCGCCUCGGCGGCAUGGGAUCUCCUUCGGGCCAGGCAGCCUCGGCUCUGCCGCACCCCGCUCCGCCCCCCUGCACCGACUACGACAUGGCCUAUUUCAAGGCCUACUCCCACAUCGGCGUCCACGAGGAGAUGCUCAAGGAUCAUGUGAGGACUAAUACUUACAGAAAUGCUAUCAUGCACCACAAAGAUCUAAUUUCAGGCAAGGUCGUAUUGGAUGUUGGCUGUGGCACUGGCGUUCUUUCUAUAUUUUGUGCUUUUGCUGGUGCCACUCGGGUCUAUGCAGUCGAUGCAAGUGAUAUUGCGUUACAGGCAAUGGAAAUUGUGAGGGAAAAUGAGCUGUCUGACAAAGUCAUUGUUUUGCAUGGACGAAUCGAGGAUGUCGAAAUUGAAGAAAAAGUUGAUGUCAUUAUAUCUGAAUGGAUGGGCUAUAUGCUUCUAUAUGAGAGUAUGCUGGGGAGCGUAAUUUUUGCUAGGGAUAAAUGGCUUAAGCCAGGGGGUCUUAUUCUUCCAUCUCAUGCGUCGCUUUAUCUUGCGCCUAUUACAAAUUCGCACAGAUAUCAGGAUAGUAUUUACUUCUGGCGAGAUGUAUAUGGUAUAAAAAUGUCCUGUAUGAUGCCUCUUGCAAAACAAUGCACAUUCAUGGAGCCUUCUGUUGAGACAAUUAGUGGCGAGAAUGUUUUGACAUGGCCAACGGUGGUUGCACAAGUGGAUUGCUAUACCAUACAAGCUCCAGAUCUUGAAACUAUUACCGCUGCAUACAAGUUUACAUCAAUGUUGCAAGCUCCAUUGCAUGGAUUUGCAUUUUGGUUCGAUGUCGAGUUUAAUGGACCAGUUCGCCAGAAAUUCAAGAAGCAAACAAGCCAACCCUUGGAUGUCAAUAUGCCAAAUUACAACCCAAGCAAUAAAAAGAAAAAGGCAGAUGUCUCAAUUGUUCUGUCAACUGCCCCAGAGGACGCCCCUACUCACUGGCAGCAGACUCUCCUUUACUUAUUUGAACCUAUCGAGUUAAAGAAAGACCAAAUUAUGGAAGGUUCUGUUACCAUAUCUCAGAGCCAGCAACAUGCCCGCUUCCUUAACAUUUGCCUGAAAUAUUUUACUGGAGACCAAUGGUACGUUAAAGAAUCCGUGAUGCGAUAGCAUGGAAAACUUUAAUAGAAUAAUAUGUUAUAGAUAGGUGCAAAUCUAUCGGUUCCUGCGCAUCAUGAACCUUAUCGGUCAUUACAAUUUUGGAGCAUUCUGACUGAAGCGGGUCAUCAUGAUGGCAAAUUGAUCAACAUAUGCUGCCAUUUAGUUUUCAUUUGGAAAGCUGGAAUUUUGGACGAGGACGUCGAGGAGCAAUUCAUCCAGAACUCCCAACAAACAUCCAUUACUCCAAAUCAGGCCUUAGAUUUGAAUUGUUCUUAGUCGAGUUUGGGUAGAUCAGUAGAAUGAAUGAAGCAUUGAGAAAUUCAAUAAUUACAUGCUGGCGAAGGUAGUAUAGGUUUUUCCUUACGUUAACAGUACAGUUCGUCUUGGCCCAUCUGAUUAGUCGUCUUUUCUUACAUUAGAUAGCCAUGCAGAUUGUUUCUGUUGUUUGUAACAACUGUAUUUUCCAACAUGACAUUCAUGCGGCCCUUGGAGUUGUUGUAAUAACAGACUAAGAUUUUCCAUUCGGAUGUGAAAUCAUCAUCUGACAGUGUCAACAUAUUAUCUCAGUUGUG